AUGGAUGCCACCCUCCUCUCCUUUGAACCCGACCAGGGCAUGUCCGAUGAGGUCUACGAUAGCGCGCUCAAAAACCAUAUCGCACAGAUCUCGAGGCUUUUCAAGGACCUGGGAAACGAAGUCGUGGCCAAUGCCCCUCAGCUCCUAGAGAUCGUGAACCCCGCCACGCACUCGGUUGCCUUCCUUGCGAUUCUCAACACAUUGAAGCGCCUCGACGAUACCGGCCGUUCCAUACCUGCCGACGCCUUCCGAGAAUACACCCUCAAGUUCCUGCUGUCCUUCGAUCCGAGACAAAUACGCUACGUUGGUGAUGCCUUUUCCGAUCUGGUCAAGGAUGUCGUGGAUUGCAAGUUCUACCCGGCCCGUCAAGCUAUCGAGAUUGUCGCGAUCGUGCUCAGAAGACUCGACCCCGAUUGCGCGGUGCUCACGAGCCACCAUGUUGCAGUGGUCAAAAUGGCCUACGAGACCGAUAACAUUGACCAAGUGCUUCCCUUGGUCGAGAAGCCAUGGGUUUUCCUCCCCGGAAUGAAAGACCAAAGCCAGCCAGCCUACCUCUGCGAUGUGACAGCCUCCCCCGCCUCGUACAUCAACACAAGCACACACCUUAGCCAGAAACUCACCCGGGAGGAGGUCAUGCAACACGAAUGGGUCACCGCUCAGAUAUUCACCGCCAAGCUGAGGUGGGCUGAUGCGCACAAGGCAUACCAGAGAAUCAUCAGUUGGCCAACAAGGGACGGAGCUACGAGCAAAAUCAUGACCGACGCCCACAAGCGAUGGAUUCUCACAGGCCUCCUGACCCUCGGCCAAACCCCCACUCCUCCGAGCUUCAUCGCACCCGCUGCCACUAAGAACUACGCCUCACUCUCGAAGCUGUACACCGAUAUUGGCGCGCUAUUUUCCACUGUCAACGCCGAGGAGCUCAAGAGCGCGGUCGAGGCAGGUACACCAACCUGGGUCGAUGACCAGACUACAACGCUGCUGAAGGAAGUUGUGAAGGCGUACCAAAAGUGGCAGAUUCUUGGCCUUGCAGACGUCUAUCAGAAGAUUGGCGUCUCAGAGAUUCGCGAGAAAACUCUCAGUGCAGAGACAGCGAAGAGUUUGGGGACAGACGUCGAGACAGAGGCGCUUCUCCAAGAUAUGAUCAGCAGUGGAAUGCUUGUCGGCGCGCUGGAGACCAGCCCUGACGGCGCGAAGUGCCUUACGUUUCUCCCACGCGAUCAAGAGAUUGAGCACACCGAGUAUAAGAGGAAGAUUACGGACGAUGCCCGUAUCGAGACGCUCAACAAAUGGGCCAAGGCAAGCGACGCCCGGCUCAUGUUUUCGAAGGACUACGCUAGGCACAUUGACCGCGAGGCCAAGCGUUCACAAAAGGAUUCGUCCAGCCAGCAUGUCGAGAUGUUCGAGACAUCUAUCGAGGAUGAGGAUCUCAUGACUGGCAUUCAACCGACUCGCUAG